UUAAGCCUGCAUCUAUUGAUAUGUCCUGUGAAGGAGACCUUGAAGUUGGCAAAGGUGAACAGGUGACAAUAACACUGCCAAAUAUUGAGGGCUCAACUCCACCGGUGACUGUGUUCAAGGGCUCAAAGAAGCCUUACCUAAAAGAAUGUAUCUUAAUUAUCAAUCAUGACACUGGAGAAUGUCGCCUAGAGAAACUUAGUAGCAACAUCACUGUGAAAAAAACCAGAGCUGAAGGCAGCAGUAAAGUCCAGUCUCGCAUAGAGCAGCAACAGCAGCAAAUGCGAAAUGCAACUAAGGUUCCAAACAAUGUUAAAAAUUCUCCACCAAAAGAAAAGAUGUUUCCAUCUUCUCCUAUGGAUGAUAUUGAACGAGAGCUAAAAGCAGAAGCCAGUAUCAUGGACCAGCUGAGUAGCUCUGACAGUUCAUCUGACUCUAAAAGUUCUUCGUCCUCUUCAUCAAGUAGUGAAAAUAGUUCUAGCGAUUCUGAAGACGAGGAAACGAAGCCCUCUCUUCCUAUAUCAAUGCCAUAUUUGCAGCCACAGCCUACUGUGUCUGCCACACCACAACAGGCUGUCCCUGACAAAGAUGCCAGUCAUAACAGAUCCCAAGAGAGCAGUGGUCAUAUGAUGAAUACACUACGAAAUGACUUGCAGCUGAGUGAAUCUGGAAGCGAUAGUGAUGACUGAACAAAUAAUUGGCCUUAAAUGUAUCACCGUUUUUGCUAAAUAUGUCUUAGCAUCUGUUUUGCACUAAGAUUAGAUUACCAGAGACUGGAAUGAAUGUCCUCGAUUUUGAUAAUAGACAUCCUAAUUUUCUACUGACACAUCAUGUCUAUAAUACAGCAGCAUUGAUAUCCUGUCAGUGCUAUGGUUAUGUGUUUAUCUUUCAAAUUACUGUAUUUACAGUAAAAUUGUAUAUGAUCUGAUUUUGAUUAUUUUUGCCUCAGCCACCUGUUUUACUUGAAACUGAUUUGUAACAGCUAGUUACUUUAUAUAAAUAGUUAUGGAAUGGAGAAAUUUCUGAUAUUUAUGGAGGCAAGUUUCCUUCCUAUCAUUUAAAUGCUGAAUGCUGAUCUCACAACUUUUACUGGGAGGGAGUGAAAGGGAGAACAACUAAAUGAGGUCUGCUGUGUCAGCUACGCUUUUUGUUCAGUUCACAGUUCAUACCUUUAAGGAAACUGCUGAAUAAUGUGGUCCACUAGUGCAGUUACAGUUUACAAUUGUUCAACACAUUGCUGAAUUCUUAAUUUCAUUGUAUUAUAGGACUUUAUAUUUGAGCCUCAAGAUUCCUAAGGGAACCUGUCUUUUCUCUGCCUUUUUUAUGUAACUUGAAUAGGCUGGUCUUUUUACAACCUUUUUGUAUCUAAAUUUAGCUGACUGCAGAGAUGGCAAUUAAUUUCCUUCAUUUAAUUCUGUAACGGAAAUCAGAAAAUUUCUUUGUAGGAGUAUAAAAGUAAUUUAAUAAAGCAAUAUUUAUCAU